AUGGUGCACAAAGGGCCUUCGCGAGAGGCUUUGAGCCUGCUCAAGCAAAGCAUUCGGCCGUCGGUAGCGCUGCGGUCACCAGCCCAAUGUCGCGUGCUGUCGACUGCCGUCCAGAUUCCAACACGACGACGGACUCUGUCGCAUGCUGCGCAGCAGUCGACACGACAGGCGGCGACUUUUACACACUCGCACUAUGCCGAGCAAGUGUCUAUCAUCCCUACCACGGUCGACACAAGCUCCAGCGACUUCAAGGAGAACAAGCGGCAGAUGGACGAAGCCACGGAGAAACUGGCCAAUCUACACACCAAGAUUGCACAAGGUGGACCGGAGAAGGCACGGGAAAAGCAUGUAGCACGAGGCAAGAUGUUGGUGCGCGAUAGGAUCACGGCCUUGAUUGAUCCCGGCACGCCCUUUCUCGAAUUGAGCCAGAUGGCGGGCUACGACAUGUACGAGGCCGACUAUGUACCUGCGGGCGGGAUUGUCACUGGGAUUGGGACUGUCAACGGCGUGCAAUGCAUGAUUGUGGCCAACGAUGCGACCGUCAAGGGAGGCACGUACUACCCCAUCACGGUGAAGAAGCAUCUUCGGGCCCAGACCAUUGCGCAGGAGAACCGGUUGCCGUGUAUCUACUUGGUUGACUCUGGGGGCGCCAAUCUCCCCAACCAGGCGGACGUGUUUCCAGAUGUCAAUCACUUUGGGCGCAUCUUCUACAACCAGGCCCGCAUGUCGAGCAUGGGCAUUCCGCAGAUUAGUGUGGUCAUGGGCCCGUGUACGGCCGGUGGUGCCUAUGUCCCCAGCAUGAGUGACGAGAACAUUAUUGUGGAAAAUCAGGGACACAUCUUCCUCGCCGGCCCACCGCUCGUCAAGGCUGCGACGGGCGAAGUGGUGUCUGCAGAAGAGCUUGGGGGUGGAAAGCUUCACAGCGAAAUCUCUGGCGUGACCGACUACCUGGCUGUCGAUGAUGGGCAUGCACUUGUGCUUGCGCGCAGAAGCGUCGGCAACCUCAACUGGCAUCGCAACCAGACGGUGGCCACCUCGCCCCCGGCUUUCCAAGAGCCCCUCUACGACCCGCAGGAGCUCUCCGGCAUCGCGGGCACCAAUCUACGCAAGCAAAUCCCCAUGCACGAAAUCAUUGCCCGCAUCGUCGACGGCUCGUCGUUUGCCGAGUUCAAGCCGCUCUACGGCCCCACGCUCGUCACCGGGUUUGCGCGAAUCUACGGGCAGCCCGUGGGCAUCGUGGCCAACAAUGGGAUUCUGUUUAGCGAGAGCUCGCUCAAGGGCGCGCACUUUGUGCAGCUCUGUGGUAAGCGCCAGAUUCCGCUUGUCUUUUUGCAGAACAUUUCUGGCUUCAUGGUUGGGCAGGAUGCGGAGAAGGGGGGGAUCGCGAAGAAUGGGGCCAAGCUGGUGACGGCGGUGAGCUGUGUGGAUGUGCCCAAGUUUACGGUUGUUGUGGGAUCGAGUGCUGGUGCUGGUAACUAUGGGAUGUGCGGCCGCGCCUAUUCCCCCCGCCUCCUCUUCACAUGGCCGAAUGCAAAGACGUCGGUCAUGGGCGCCGAACAGCUCUCGUCGGUGAUGGAGGCUGUGGGCAAGCAAGCGGAUCCGGCGCUCAAGGCUAGAAUCGAAGACGAGAGUGAAGCCAGGUUUGGCUCGGCGCGGCUGUGGGACGAUGGGAUUAUCCCGCCUGAGCAGACGAGGAGGGUGUUGGGCAUGGGCCUGCACAUGGCGUGUGGUGGGCAGAAUCGGGGCGUGGAGAGGGAAAGCAGGUGGGGUGUGUUUAGGAUGUAA